GGGGCACUUAAUGCAAUGCCAAGGGCAGGAGCGGGCUCCCAGUGAUCUGGGCAUGGAGCAUCAGGAGCUGAUCAGUGCAUCGGAGAUCAUCAAGGAUCGCUUAUAUUUUGCUACCUUGAGGAAUAAACCAAAGAGCACUAUAAAUACGCACUACUUCUGCACAGACGAGGAAUUUGUAUAUGAGAACUUUUAUGCAGAUUUCGGACCUCUGAACCUUGCCCUGCUCUACAGGUUCUGCUGCAAACUCAACAAAAAGCUUAAGUCUGGAUUUUUAUAUUUAUAUGACAAAAUAAAGUCGUUCAGUUUGUCGGGAAAGAAAAUUGUUUAUUAUACCGGGUUUGACCAGAGGAAAAGAGCAAACGCAGGUUUUCUUAUUGGUGCCUAUGCGGUUAUUUAUUUAAAGAAGACUCCAGAAGAGGCAUAUAGAGCUCUGCUGAGUGGGGCUAGCCCACAGUAUCUACCUUUUAGAGAUGCCUCGUUCGGGAACUGCACGUAUAAUCUAUCCGUACUGGACUGUUUGCAAGGAAUCCGUAAGGCUAUGCAUUUCGGAUUCUUUAACUUUGAGCACUUUAACGUGGCUGAAUAUGAACAUUAUGAGCGGGUGGAAAACGGGGAUUUUAAUUGGAUUGUUCCAGGGAAGUUUCUUGCCUUCAGUGGGCCUCACCAGAAAAGUAAAAUUGAAAAUGGUUACCCCAUCCAUUCUCCGGAGUCUUAUUUUCCGUAUUUUCGAAAACACAACGUUGUUGCUAUCAUCCGUCUCAAUAAGAAAAUCUAUGAUGCUAGUCGCUUCACGGACGCGGGGUUCCAGCACUACGACUUGUUCUUUGUUGAUGGAAGUACUCCCAGCGAUGGCAUAGUGCGGAGAUUCUUAAACCUCUGUGAAAGCAUAGAUGGGGCCAUUGCCGUACACUGCAAAGCUGGCCUGGGCAGAACUGGCACCCUCAUAGCUUGUUACAUGAUGAAGCAUUACAGAUUCACGCACUCCGAGGCCAUUGCUUGGAUCAGGAUAUGUCGGCCCGGCUCCAUCAUUGGGCCCCAGCAGCACUUCCUGGAAGAGAAGCAGACAUGGCUGUGGCUUGAAGGUGACCUCCAUAGGAGUAAACAGAAGCAGAAUCCGCUGGAGGAUGGAGCUUUGACCCGGAUCUUAUCGGAUUUUGAGGAUAUGUCCGUAAGCGAGAGGCUGUAUCGUCAUUUAAAUCUGGACAAAACAGGAGAGAAUAUUUCUGAAGAAGAGUUAGACCAGAAAAAUGGUCUCACCCAAGGAGACAAACUUCGUGCCUUAAAGAGCAAAAGACAACCACGUUCAGCAACUACUGGAGCACUACGUUUGGACGACUUGAAAUCACACACAAGAUCCACAACAUCACAGCCUUUCAGGGUGAUCGCUACUAACAGUGCCCAGGGCUCAAUGUCCCCAUUGAAAUCAUCCAGAGUGUGUGCCUCCACGUCAGGCGCUGCCAGAAGGGCUGGGCAGAGCCUAUUCUCUUCCAGUAGCAAAGGGAAAAGUUUUGCCGGGUCACUUGGGAAUCUGAAUUCUGCUCUAGAAGAGAUAGACAGCACCCGCAGCACUUCUCCCUCCCGCCCUAGUUAUCCCCCGGCACUCCCCAACAGCCUGUAUUCCUCCCAUACACGUGGUCGGAUCCAAGGAGAGCUAAACAACAACCACCAUACCUUGGGCACUCGUACCAACACCUAUGGAUCGUUCAGACCUUCCUACUCAGGCCUUUCUACUAAUGCACGUUACAUGAGCCGUUCUAUUCCCUCCCUUCAAUCUGAAUCCGUUCAGUUCUAAAGGUGGACACACUACUGACGAGUCCCAUGCAAUAGAAAAACGAUGAAGACAUCAAGAAGGUGAUACUUGCCCAGAUAAACGUUCACCCCUACAAACCAGCAAUCUGGAGCUGGAUUCCAAACACUACUGAUCCAUUCUACUGACUUUUUUUUUUCCAUUUCUAAUAUUUAUGCUUAUUUUGAAUUUUUAUUUUUUAAAGAAUAUGGAGUUUUAUAUUGAAAUAUUUUUUAUCGAAUUCAGUCUUGAUUUGUACAUACUCCAGUCUU